AUGGCUUACCGUUUAGAAGUUCACUGUGACUCCACUGGUGUGGGGGAUCAGCUCGCCGUGGUCGGUUCCGGCUCCGAACUGGGGAGUUGGGAUCCUUGUAAGGCAAUACGACUUGAGACGUCAGCUACUGCUUUUCCAAAAUGGGCUGCUGCUGUGCCAGCUGCUCUCCUUAGCUGUGAUUUCAAGUUCAUAAUCGUCCGCGCUGACGGGCAAACAGCCUGGGAGGAGCUGCAGAAUCGCAAUUGGAAACAGAGGGCCCUCGGCGCCGCGCCUGGUGCUGUUCUAUCUUCUGCGUUCAAUGUGGACGAGCUGCAAGUUCGGCAACCGCAUGUUGACCUGCAGCGGACGGAAACCUACCGCACAGACCCGGGGAGAGCAAUCAGCUUCAAGGCCACUGUGUCGGUCUCGCAGGUACCCCACCUGGGUCAGACGGACCUUAAGAGAGACCUAUGGUGGUCGCAGGAGGACGCUGGGGGCUUGGCUGGGGCACGUCGCCGACCAAUGAAGAAGAAAGCGCUGAUAUGCCUUGCCUUUGCCGUGCCUAUGCUGUUCCGCGUGACCGGCCCAUACACUUUUGUGCGCUACGCAUCCCCAUCUUUGCAGCUGCGCUGCUCUUGCGUGGCUCGGGCUGCAAACAGCAAGAAGCAGCCUCAUCCAGCCAACGUAGAGGGGACGUUCUAUGUGGACCACACCUGUAUAGACUGUGAUACUUGCCGUUGGAUGGCUCCAGGGACGUUUGGCAGGACGACGCAUGCUCCUGGAGGUCAAAGUUAUGUCUAUCAGCAGCCAGAAGGCACCCCAGAAGUAGAUGCUGCGGUACAGGCAAUGAUCUCCUGCCCGACUGGCAGUAUCCGCACAAGUACGCCCCUGACAAAGACCAAAGACGUUUUGGAUACCUUCCCAAUUCUAGUUGACGAGCGCUUGCCUCAGGUCUUUCAUCUAGGGUACCAUAGUCCUAAAAGCUUCGGGGCAGCAAGCUAUUUUCUCAAGGGCGGAACAGACAAGAGCCCUUACAACGUAAUGUAUGACUCUCCUCGCUAUUCCUCGCGGCUAGCAAAUCUACUUGAAGCUGCUGGAGGUGUUCAACUGAUGGUCUUAAGCCACAAAGAUGAUGUAGCUGAUCAUGAGCGUUGGAAGGAGCGUUUCCCGGCAAUGACACGAGUUAUGCAUCAACAGGAUGUGCGCGGCCCAUCAUCUUGGCCUUACAUUGACAUGACUGGCAUAGAGAUGCAGCUGGACGGUGAUGGACCGUGGCAGCUGGAAGAAGGCCUCAAGGUAGUAUACACCCCCGGCCACAGCGCAGGUUCGAUUACGCUCAUCGCAGAUGCUACACGAACGGGUGGUGACGGUGUAGCUUUUACUGGCGACCACUUGGCGUUGAAUGGCCGCCUUGGGCGGCUGGACGGCUUUGCUCGGUAUUCUGACGACACUUCCCAGCAGGCAGAUUCCAUACAGAAGCUCGCUGAAGAGGAGGUGCUGUGGAUUCUGCCUGGGCACGGCCGGAGGAUUCGCUUUGAGGACCCUACCAGCCGAGAACGAGAGCUGCAGCGAGCAGCUCAGGAAUAUCGCGAUGACCCGCGUGGUCAGGGUGCCCCGGGGCCACUGUACCAGGACUUCCAAGAGUUCCUCAAGGUGCGACUGGCCCUUGCAAACGAGUACAAGGAAGCCGUCAAGCAUCAUCGGCUUCGAGCAAGUGGCUCCUGGGAUAUCCAGGACCCCACGUUGCGGCAAGAGUCUCGACGAGGGCUGGGACUAGGCAGAAUAAAGCUGCGUCAGAACAACACGCGAGCUUACCUGGCUGCCGUGGUGAACGAGCAGUCCAGGCAACGACGGGAAGCGAACUGGGCACCCAGCUUUCAGCUGGAUGAUGUCAAGCUGUCCGACGUUGCGAGAAGAAUAUCCAAGAAUGAUGCGGACUACUCGAUUGAGCGAGCCCUCAAGGAUCAUGACGCAGUCUGCUGUCCUCUGAAGCUAGGUGAACCAAGUCAUGUUGGCAAUCGCCAGGAGUCGGCAGGAAACGAGUCAAUGGAACAGCCUGAGCAGGAACCAAAUCCGCCAGCCUCCGAUGACUCAGACAUGGGGUCUCCACAGAGCGGCGGGUUCGGCAUGAAGCGGGUACCGUCUGUUGCGCUCGUCGACAGAGAGGAGGCCAAGGAAGACGAUGAUGAUGCUACCAGCAGUGUUGCUUCAUCUGGUAGACAAGCGGACAUAACCAAAGGCUUCGGCAUCUCACGAGAAAUGCUGCAUGAUCACGGGCUCCGUGCAACGGGUCGAAAGGACGACUCCGUGUGUGAAGCCAACGGGCUCGGCUCAAGAAGAACAGUUUCGCACCAUGAUCUGACAAAUGUCAAGAGUUUGAUGUGA